CGAACUAAAUAUGUAAGAAAACUUAUUUUCACAAAUAUGAUUAGAAUUUGGUUUUAAUAUAAAGUACUGUGUUCUGUUGUUCGGAUAAUCACAUAACUGAUUGAGAAAACAAUACGAAUCUCGAGACGGAAGAAAAGUUAAGUCAAGGUGUUGGAAAAUGGACAGAUUUAUAACGAAGCGAAAACGUAGCCCUCCUGAUAAUAACAGCUCUCAAAAUAGUAACCAGACUACUAAACCUGAUCAUUCAACUAAGAAGAAAUGUUUAAGUCCUAGCAUACCUGGCCCUUCAUGUACUGACGCACUAACAAAACCUACCCAGCCACAAGAAUCAAAUCAUUCCAACGGUUUCAGUCUGCUAGACAAAUCAAAUCCAUCUUACAAAAAAAAACCACAAGCCUUACUUGAUACUUGUAACGAAAAUGAAGGAAUCCAGAUAGCAACAAGUAAUGACGAGCAUAAAAAAAUUAUUCCAACCAAAUCUAAAAAAGCAUCGGAUAAGACUGAAAAACAUUUAUAUGUUUUUAGCGAGAAAUGGUUGGAAAUUAAAGAACUCUCAGAGUGGCUAGUUUCAGACACAGUUAAAGGCACAAUCAGUGCAAAAUGCAAAUACUGUCAAACUACGUUACCCAACCACAAGCCGCACUUGAUACGGCACUCUGAAACUGAUAAACACAAAUCAAUAAUGAAAGCGAUUAAAUCCACAUCAAAUAUUAAAGAAUCAUUAAAACCAUCAGAUGAAGAUCUCUCAGCAAAAAAAGGUGAACUUAAAAUUGCUGCAAUGCUGGCUACAAAUAAUUUACCAUUCCUCUUAUCAGACACUCUAGUUAGCUUAAUAGCGGACAUUUGCCCUGAUUCGAAAAUUGCUCAGAAGAUGAAGAUGGGUCGUACGAAAGCAACAGCAGUUGUAACACAAAUUUUAGGGCCCAGUCUUCGAAGUACUUUGCAUGAUUAUUUAAAACAACUCGGUAAUUUCUUUUGCCUAAUAAUGGAUGAAACAACUGAUGUUGGAACAAAAAAACAAUGUGCGAUGACAGUAAUAUAUUGUAACAAAGAAUUUAAAAUAGAAACAGAAUUCUUCGAUUUGCUGGAAAUGGCUUCAGGUACGGCUGAUGACUUGUAUAACGCAUUAAUACAGAGCGUUGAAACUAAAAAAAUCCCACUAGAAAACUUAGUGGGAUUUUCUUCAGACACGACGAACGUAAUGGUGGGUGAAUAUAAUUCUGUGUUCGCCAAAUUGAAAGAAAGACUUCAAUAUUACUUUUCAGUCUGAAUCGCCAUUACUUCAUAAACUGAAACCAGCCGUAGAAGGGCUCAUCCGCACCAUUGCAACUAACUUCAUUGAUUUACAUCACGUCAAAAACACGCCUCCUCUAGAGAUCGAACAUAAAAACCCAAGGUUGUACUUGCCUUUGGAAAAUUUGUACCUUGGUGUUCUUGUGAACUCAAGCCUCAACGAGGUUGAAAAUGAGGUUAGAAAAGAGGACCUGGAAAGAUUCAAACUAGAUUGCCUGGCAUUUUAUGUUGAAGUUAUAGAACAAAUAAAACAAAGAUUUAUAUUUACAGACCCAAUUUAUGACAUAAUCCAAAUAGUCCAACCAAAAAUUAUGAAAUCCUUUGAUCCACAAAUGAUAAAUUCAAUUUUAAACAGAUUUCCUUUUUUAGCCCCCACAUAUCUGAAUAAAAAUGCAUUAAUAAACGAAUGGCGGGAGUACUGUUUAUUAGAUCUGACAAGUUUGGACGACAGUAUAUCGAUUCAAAUGAAUGCUGCUGAUUUUUGGACAAAAGUGUUUAAAUUAAAAGACAUUGGUGGCACAGAAAAAUUCAAAAAUUUAAAAAUUCUGAUAGGAUUUCUAUUAAUUUUGCCUUUUUCUAAUGCCUCAGUGGAAAGAGUAUUUAGCAAACUAAAGCUGAUAAAGACUGAACAUCGGAAUCGCCUCAAUACCGAAACUAUUGCCGCAUUAAUGGCUACUAGUUCAUCUAUACAACAACAAGGUGAUUUUGAACCCAGCACUUUUAUGUUAAAUAAGAAGAUACAGUACUCAAAUUAAUAUGAUUUGAUAGUGAAGUGAUACAACAUGAAAUUACCUCUUUUGUAAACUUUAAAAACUCAUGAUUUCGACAUACCUAAAUAAAUGUUUAUUGUAUCUGUAGAGAAAUAUUACCAAUUUUGUAGAUUGAAAUGAAAACUAUUAACUUGCAUUGAGCAUGGGUGCAGGCUAAGUAUUACGUAUUUUGGAAUGAAGUAAAGCAUGUCUACAGACAGAAUGAAACAUAUCCAAACUAUUAAACUAUUGAAGCUUCAAGCAUGUACUAGCAAGUUAUUUAUUUAUAAACUCGUGGUAAGUUAAAUUAUUAUUUUACGAGCAUUUUUCAACAUUUCAGCAAAACCAUACGGGUCGGGAUACUUCUGCAAGAACUAGAUAAUAAAGUAGAAUAUUAUUACCGAUUGCCAAUAUCGAACAAAUUCAUUUGUAAAUCAAUUAUAUUAUAUCGCUUUUUUCUAACCUAUGGUCGCAGACAGCCAACUCGAAGGAAAAAAAUCUAGUUUUUGCAGAAUCCCGACCCAACCGUACCUUGAAGUUGAAAACCGUACUUUUUCAGAAAGUCAACAGUCCUUUUUUGGGAAAUCAUACUGGCAACACUGGCUAAUACCAAAAGCAAAUCCCAAAUAAGGGAUGUGAUAAUUCUUAUCUUGGUAAUGAAUGUAGCUAUAUAACAAUAUCAACAUUUUUUGUAACAUAUAGGCGGAGUAAUGUGUUUAUGAUAAUAACAUUCAUCUCCAAAAGUUUAUUGCGCUUAUAUUUUAUCUAACUUGUUCUUAUUAAUCGUAAAAUGCAAUCAACUGUUCAGAAUGCUGAUAAAACUAGUUUCAUCGAGAUCGCACGGAAAUUCCAACAAUCUUCACUUUAAAUUUCCGUGUUAUUUGUAUCGAUUUUCUUUCAAAAAUUAUCUUCAAACGCAUAAAAA